AUGGCGAAGACCCUCGGCACGCGGAAGGAGGCUGUUACGCUUCCUCCGCUGAGACCUCCCAAGCCGACCCUCAAGUCGAGCUUCAGAAAGGGCCCUCAGCAUUUCGCCAAGAAUAUGUGCUGGCAUCAAUACGGACACAACAUGGGAAUUCUGCUUAAGCAUCUUACUUGCAACAUCAGAGAAGAAUACCAUCGUUCCAACAUGGCUGACACCAAGUCCAUCAACGGUAGCGAGGCGGCUCCUGCCGCUGGUCGCGUCGGUGCUUGGACCGAUGCUGAGCGCUUCCAGCUUGUCCUCCGCGUGCUCGCGACCGUGCUUCCUGACGGCAAAGGAGUUGACUGGAAGAAUGUCAACAUGGAGGGCCGCACUCUGAAGGCCCUGCAGGGCCAGUGGACUGCUAUCAUUGCUCAGAUGCGUGAGAUCAACACCGGCGAGAACGGAGAGGCCGCUGCCCCGAAGCAGAAGACCCCCCGCAAGACUGCCGUCAAGAAGAAGGCUGUCGCUGCUCCCGAGGAUAGCGAGGAGGCCAACGGCGACCAGGAGCGCAGCGAGGAGACCAAGCCGGUCACUCCGAAGAAGCGCGCUGCGGCGACUAACGCUGAUGGCACUCCCAAGAAGAGACGCACCCCGGGCAAGAAGGCGGCCCAGGUCAAGGCCGAGGCUGAAGAGGCUCAGGAGACUGAGGAUGAGGCCAAGGUCGAAGGAUCUGAGACUCAGGUCGAGACCAAGGAUGAGAAGGAUGGCGAGCAGUAG